GGAGAAAGAGAGAGAGAGAAUAAAGAAUGGAGUUCACCUCCCUUCUCUCCCUGUUCAUCGUCUUACUGACCGAAGCAUAGAAGCCAAAACCUCUCACGCUCUACUUUGCUAUUAGGUUAUCAUACAAAUGCUUUCUUCAACCUUUGCUCGACGCCUAAACCCUACUCAAAUCCUCCGCAAUUUCACUGCUCACUGUCUGUCAACAAAACCCACUUCUCAUUUCCCGUCCGAAACUCCAAAACCCCAACAAAACCCACAAAAUUUCGAUACCAGUACCGUUAUCGAGACCCUCUCAUGCUACAACAACGACUGGAAAUGCGCCUUGGAUUUCUUCAACUGGGUCGAAACCGAAUGCGAAUUUAAACACACUACAGAGACUUACAAUCGCAUGAUUGACAUUUUGGGUAAGUUCUUCGAAUUCGAUCUCUCAUGGGACUUGAUUCAGAGAAUGAGAAAGGUUCCUAAUUCAGUGCCUAAUCAUCUCACUUUCCGUAUAUUGUUUAAGCGAUAUAUAUCUGCCCAUCUUGUUAAAGAAGCUAUAGACACUUAUGAUAGAUUAGAGGAAUUCAAUUUGAAAGAUGGAACAUCGUAUUGUAAUCUUAUCGAUGCUCUUUGUGAGUUUAAACAUGUUAUAGAAGCACAAGAAUUAUGCUUUAGAAAGAACUUCGAAGAGAAUGAUGCAAUAGAUGCAAGGAAUAAAACAAAAAUUUAUAAUAUGAUUUUACGGGGGUGGUUUAAGAUGGGGUGGUGGAGUAAGUGCAGGGAGUUUUGGGAGCAGAUGGAUAGAAAGGAAGUGUAUAAGGAUUUGCAUUCCUAUUCAAUAUAUAUGGAUAUACUGUGCAAAAGUGGGAAGCCAUGGAAGGCUGUGAAAUUGUACAAGGAGAUGAAGACAAAGGGAAUAAAGCUAGAUGUUGUGGCAUAUAAUACGGUUAUUCAUGCUGUUGGUCUAUCAAAGGGUGUGGAUUUUGCAAUGAGGUUGUAUCGUGAAAUGAUGGAGUUGGGUUGUAUGCCUAAUAUUGUGACUUGUAAUACUAUUAUAAAGCUUCUGUGCCAAAAUGGGAGGACAACGGAAGCAUAUUAUAUGCUCGACGAAAUGCGAAAGAAGGAUAUUGCACCAGAUGUGAGAACGUAUCAUUGUUUUUUCGGUGGUCUUAUGAGGCCCAAGGAGAUUCUCUGGCUGUUUGACAGGAUGAUUGAGAGUGGGGUUCGGCCAAGGAUGGACACUUAUGUGAUGCUUAUGAGGAAGUUUGGGAGAUGGGGAUUUCUUCGACCAGUUUUUCUACUGUGGAAGAAGAUGGAAGAACACGGUUGUAGUCCAGAUGAAUUUGCAUACAAUGCAUUGAUUGAUGCUUUGACUCAAAAGGGUAUGUUGGAGAUGGCCAGGAAGUAUGAGGAGGAGAUGCUGUCGAAAGGGCUUUCUCCUAAGCCAAGGAGGACAAUUUACGGAGAAUGAAUUGAUUAAGGACUAACAUUGUGGAAGGAGGAUAGUUUUCGUACAUAUAUUCAGAAUCAUCCUUGGCAAGAGAGUUUGCUGCAAUAGAUGUCUUAAAAUGGAAUGUCCUGCUUGCAAGUGAAUGUUAAAGCAUUUUCCAGUUAGAAACAAGAGCUGGCAUGAUCUAGUGUUAUGCUCUUGAACCUUUGCUGCAGACGAGUAUGGUGGAGAUGGCAUGGGAAUAUGGAAGUAUGCCAGCUGGAGUGCAGUUCUCUCCCUAAUUUUGUUGUAGGUUUUGAGCUGUGACAUGUUCUGUAAGUAUCUUCACUUCAUUGUCACAACAUUUGGCUUGCACUUAUUAUAUCCCAAUUCCCUAUAACAGGAUCCUAUAAAUUGUGGCAUUUUAGAUGGUAAAGAACAAGGUGGUGGAUUUCAGGCUUUCAGCAGAGGAGGCAGUGAUAUGGAGGAGCGAAAUUCGUGUUUUUUACUGAUGUUCAUAUCCAUCCUGCUUGGAUUAAUAUUACUCUUUUCUCUUCACCAAUUCUAUAGCUGAGGAAAUAGUCAUGGUAGAAGUGGAGUAAGCUGGAAAUUUGUAUGCAAUAAGCAAAAUCUGGGAUGGUGGAUUUCAAGGUAUACUCCUGUGGAGGUCUUUGAAUAAUUAUUUGACUUGUUGAUCAAUUUUAUGAAGCAUUUAACCCAAGCUUUAAAAA